AUGGCGGACGAAAGCAUGUUCGACGACUAUGGAGAUGGAUCUGAUUUCGAAGUGGCUAAACCAAAGGCAAAAGCCCCACGAAAGGCUCCCAAGAAGACGACUGCUAGUAAAGCGGCACCGAAGAAGGCGACCCAGGCCACGCUGAAAUCCACAGCAAAGACCAAAACCACAGUAUCAAAAAAGCGUCCCACACUCGAGUCGGAAGAUGAGGCCCCGAGGGCAGUUGACAAUGCAUUCGACGACGAAUCACUGCUCUCGCACACCCCUCCAAAAGCCAAAAAACCAAAGACCGACCCCAAACCAUCCAAGUCAGCCAAGAAGCCGCUUGCUGACGUCGUUAACGAAGCCAUGGCAGUGGACGGUAUCGUUGAGGAGAAGCCUAAGAAGGGCAAGAGAGUUUCGGAGCAAUAUCAGAUGAUCUCCCACCUUGAGCACAUUAUAAAAAGGCCUGACACCUACAUUGGUUCGACCGAAAGGAGCGAAAAGCAGAUGUGGGUCUACAACAGUGAGCACGAGAGCAUGGAAUUUCGUGAAAUCAGCUACGUCCCUGGGCUUUACAAGAUAUUCGAUGAGAUUCUUGUCAAUGCUGCCGACAAUAGGCAUAAUGACAAGAACAUGGAUGAGAUCAAAGUUAACAUUGACCGAGAACAAGGAGAAAUCAGUGUUUGGAACAACGGUCGCGGGAUCCCGAUCGAGAUUCAUUCAAAACAGAAAAUUUACAUUCCUGAAAUGAUCUUUGGCAAUCUCCUAAGUUCUUCGAAUUACGACGAUGAUCAACAGAAGGUCACUGGCGGCCGUAAUGGUUAUGGUGCGAAGCUGUGCAACAUUUUCAGCACAGAAUUCACCUUGGAAACUGUAGACGCGCGGAAGAAGAAGAAGUACAAGCAGACCUGGACCAAGAAUAUGUCCGUGAAAGGUGAUGCGAGGAUCACAGACUUCAACGGCGAGGAUUACACGAAAGUCACUUUCAAGCCCGAUUUUGCCAAAUUCGGAAUGACUGGUUUCGACGAUGACUUUGAGGCUCUUGCAAAACGGCGUGUGUAUGAUCUAGCAGGAACGUGCAAGGGCAUCGCGGUACGGCUGAAUUCUGCACGUGUGCCAGUGCGGAGUUUUCAGAAAUAUAUGGAAAUGUACACCAAGGCCAUCAAGAAGGAGAGGGGAGAGGAGGCUGUCAAUGACAAAUCAAACAUCAUCCACGAGGUUGUCAACGAGCGCUGGGAGAUCGGCUUUGCGGUUUCAGAUGGGUCGUUCCAACAAGUCUCCUUCGUGAACUCAAUCGCUACAACCUCAGGUGGCACACAUGUGAACUAUGUCAGCGACCAGAUAUGCAACAAAUUGGCCGACAUUCUCAAGAAGAAGAACAAGGGUGGACCUGCCCUCAAAACCAAUCAGAUCCGCAACCACCUCUUCCUAUUCGUCAAUGCGCAGAUCGUCAAUCCUGCUUUCACGUCGCAAACGAAAGAACAGCUCACCACCAAAUCCAGCCAAUUUGGUAGCACGUGCUCCGUCAGCGAAAAGUUCAUGAAGGCGGUUCAAAACACCGAUGUUAUCACCAACAUCCUUUCCUUUCUCGAAAAGAAAGCGGACCAGAUUCUCAAAAAGAGUGAUGGGAGUAGAAGAAGCCGGAUCAGCAAUCCUAAGUUGAUUGAUGCAAACAAAGCUGGCACGAAGGACGGUUGGCAAUGUACCCUGAUUCUUACAGAAGGUGAUUCAGCCAAAGGUCUUGCGGUGGCAGGACGGUCCAUGGUCGGUCCUGAUCUCUUCGGGGUUUUCCCUCUUCGCGGAAAACUGCUUAACGUCCGGGACGCUUCCAUUGACCAAAUCUCGAAGAACGCCGAAAUCCAGAACAUCAAGAAUUUCAUGGGUCUGCAGCAUAAGAAAGAGUAUACAGAUAGGAAGGGUCUUCGAUAUGGUCAUCUAAUGAUUAUGACCGAUCAAGACCAUGACGGAAGCCACAUCAAGGGUCUUCUUAUCAAUUUCCUUCAGGUGGCUUUCCCCAGCUUACUCAAGCUCCCUGGCUUCUUGCUUGAGUUCAUUACUCCUAUCGUGAAAGCCUGGAGAGGCCCUAUCUCGAAGCCCACAGAGGUGAUUAGGUUCUACACGAUGCCUGAGUACGAGAGGUUUAGGGAGGCCCACAAACAUGAGAAAAAGUGGGAGCACAAAUAUUACAAAGGAUUGGGAACCAGUACACCACAAGAUGCGCAACAGUACUUCUCAAACUUGGAUAAACAUCUCAAGGAAUUUCACACCAUGCAAGAAAACGAAGCAAAUCUCAUUGAUCUAGCCUUUUCCAAGAAGAGAGCAGAUGAACGCAAGGCAUGGCUUGGCGACUUCAAGCCUGGCACAUAUUUGGAUCACGGUGCAGUCGAUAAGAUCACGUAUGAUGAUUUUGUCAACAAGGAGCUCAUCCUCUUCAGCAUGGCGGAUAACAUCCGGUCGAUUCCAUCCAUGGUCGAUGGUCUGAAACCUGGCCAGCGUAAAGUUCUGUUCACUUGCUUCAAAAGGAACCUACAAAAAGAUGUCAAGGUCGUUGAGCUUGCAGGGAGCUGCAGUGAGAUGACAGCAUAUGCGCAUGGUGACACUUCCCUACAGCAGACCAUUGUCGGCCUUGCUCAGACCUUUGUGGGGUCGAACAAUCUCAACUGUCUCGAGCCGAGCGGGAACUUUGGUAGUCGCCUGCAGGGAGGCAGUGAUGCUGCAAGUGCUCGUUACAUUUACACUCGACUAUCGCCCUUUGCCAAAAAGGUCUUUCAUCCUGCUGAUGAGCCACUUUUGACUCACAACCUCAAUGAUGGGAAGAAAAUAGAGCCGCAAACAUAUGUGCCGGUGGUGCCGCUGGUACUCAUCAACGGCACAGAUGGAAUUGGUACGGGCUGGAGCUCUUCAAUCCCCAAUUAUAACCCUGAGGAAGUCGUUGCUAACCUCAAGCGCAUGAUGGACGGUGAGCCAUUCCUUCCAAUGCUGCCUUGGUUCCGUGGAUUCGAAGGUACGGUUCAAGAAUCUGCACAGGAUCGCUACAAGUUCAGUGGCGUUGCCCAAAAGACUGGAAACACUGAAAUUGAAAUAACCGAACUGCCUAUUCGAGUGUGGACGCAAGAUUUCAAGGACAAACUUGAGGACAUCAUCAAGGCCGAAAAGAUACCGUCAUUCAUCAAGGAUUACAAGGAUUACAACACUCACGAGAAAGUACGCUUCGUGAUCCAGAUGGAGGAGAAGCAUGUGCCCAGCGGGACCGACGAGGAAGUCAAGAAAGAGCUGGAGGAGAAGUUCAAACUGAGCAAGUCAAUAGCCACGUCGAAUUUGGUUGCUUUCGAUGCUGAGGGUCGCAUUGCGAAGUAUGCCACGGUCGAAGACAUCAUGAAAGAUUUCUUCCGUAUUCGCAUCCUCUACUAUGAGAAACGCAAGCAAUGGCAGCUGGCAGAGAUGCAAAGAAACUUGGACAAGCUCAGCAAUCAAGCCCGCUUCGUACAAAUGAUCAUCGACAAUAAAUUGACCAUCUCAAAGAAAAAGAAGAGCGUCCUGAUGAGCGAAUUGAAGAAGUUGGGGUUCAUGGCCUAUAAUAAUGUGGAGGACGCCCAAAAGGCCGGUGAGAAGCAGCAAGUAGCUGAAGAGUCAGAAAGUGAGGAGGAUGCUGCAGUUGGAGCGCAUGAUUACGACUAUCUCCUUGGGAUGCCAUUGUGGUCUCUUACGCAAGAACGUGUCGAAAAACUGCGAAGACAAAUUGGAGAAAUCGAAACAGAGGUCGACACCUUGAUCAAACUCAGCAAAGAGGACCUAUGGAGACGAGAUCUCGACAGCUUCAUUGAAGAAUGGAGAGUGCAACUUGAGGAAGAGCAUAAGCAAAAGCGCCGUAUCAACAACAUGGGCCGUCGCACUUCUAGCAAAGUCAAAGUUGCAGCAUCCGGCGCAGCCACCAAGAAGCGUAAAGGCUUAGGCGAUUCCGAUGACGAUGAUUUUGAUGACGGGCCCAAAGCGAAGAAGCCUGCUCCUCCCAAGGUAAGGAGAAUAGAAGUCAAGCCUGAAAAGAAGAAAAAUACUCUUGAAGGCUUUUUCAAAGGGAAUGGGACACUAGGAAAAAAUCCAGCCCGGAGUCAUGACGGCAACAGCUCCGAGAUGGAGCCAGAACCGGAAGUUGUUCAGAAGGCUGCGGAUGCGAAGAAGGUGAAGGUGACAGCCAAACCAAAAGCGGUUCCUACUUCCGAACACUCUGACGAGGAAGAGAUCAUUAAAAAGCCGGCAGUAAAGAGAGCGCGAGCUGCGGCUUCAAAGCCUAUCCAGUAUGCUGUGGGUGGUGGAAGCGACUCUGAUGGCUCGAAUGGUGAUGAUCUAUUGGGCGACAUUACCAGCAUGGUCAAGGGUCUUCCCGGAGGAGAGAAUAAGUCUUCGACCGACAGCAAGCCUUUAUUCUCCGCUUCUCGUGGCAUUCCAAACAACAGUGCCAGCCUAAAAGCCGCAGUACCUCCUACUGCCACGAAAAGUUACGCGGAAAUCUCCGACAACGACGAUACCAAUUUCAUGGGUCUGGUACCUCAGCAGUCUCCUCGACGAUCGAUCAACGUUACGAAAAACGCUUUUCUCACAGACGAUGAAGACGAGGACCAAGACGGCAUCCGCCCGCUCACUACGAACAAAUCUCGCCCAGCAGCCGUCAAGCCUGCGAUACCUGCACCAGCAGUGAGGGCUAAACCCGCUGUAAAGUCCGAAUCUGAGAGCGACGACAACGAGGAAGACGAGGACGAGGAUGACGUCGUGAUUACCAAAACUAAAACCAAAUCUCGCCCAGCUGCUUCAUCAAGCAAACCAGCACCAGCACCAGCCACAGCGGCAUCGAAACCAAAAGCAUCCAAGGCCGCUACCUCAAAACCAGCAGCAGCAGCAAAGAAAGACCCAGCCACCAAGAGAAGCAAACCCGCACCAGCAAAGAAAGCUCCCGCUCCCUUGUCCCCAGCGGCAAAAGCGUACGCGGCCAAACAAGCCAAGAACAUCAAGAGGAACAAAUUGCUUGAUUCAGACGACGACGGAGACGAAGCAAUCGACGCCAUGGCUGAUGAUUUGCUGGACUCGCCUGUCCCCGAUGGUACCGGCUCUGGUGCGAGGAAGGAAGCCAGUGAUGAAGAAGACUCGCCACCUGUGAAGAAAGCCGGUACUGCGAGGCCGGCGCGGAGAGCGGCAGCGGCGAAGAAGAAGCCUGUGUACGUGCUCAGUGAUGACGACGACGAGGAGGACGGCGAUGGUCAGGUCGGGUUCGAAGACGAAGAUGACGACCCUGUCGUUGACUCCGAGACGGAUGAGGGGUUCUAG